CGUAAUUUUGCACAGUUACACAACACGUACGUGUAAAUUUCACAUAAACCGUCGCCACACCCACUACGAGAAGUUGUUUUAUUUAAAAACCUUUCGAAUAAUGGGAGAAAAGCAAAAUGGUUAAGAAAAGGAUGAAGAAGACAACGCCGGCAAAAACAAACACAACCUUGGAGAAGAAACUCGAAGAACUUGAGCUUUUGUUAGAAGAAAUCGGUUCUGGCAAUGGUGAUCCUAACGCAUACCGGGAAUUCGAACUCCGGUUUCUUUUCACGCAUAAGCUUUUAAUGGCGGAGAUGUCGUCGGUUAAGGAAGGUGAAGAAGAAGGAGAAGAGAUGCUGAAACUUCGUUGCAUGGCCAAGAAGUUAACCGGACUUAAAGAGGCUGUCAAGCAAUUGACUGGUCAAAUCAACGAACCGGACAUGCAGAGUUUGGAGAGUGGUCGUGGUGGUGGUGUUGUCAAUGUUGAUGAUGAUGAGACCGGUUUGGUUCGCUCGUUGGUUGAAUCGUUACAUGAAGAACAUCAAGAUCCAUCACUAGAGGAGAAGUUUGCGAGGAUAAAAACCGAGAGGAUGAAGAAAAAGCGGUUUAGGGGUUUGGUUAGUUUUGGUAUAGUUGGUUUCGUUGCGAGUAUGGUAAGUUUCUAUGGAUAUCUUCGUGAUCAGAUGAACGAGGGAACCAUGUUCCUCACUCCCACUUAAUUUUCGUAACCAUGGUCCAUUGAUUAUGAUGGGCAUAGUUAGAUAAAUCAACAAUGAUUACUAUGUAAUUUUCAGUAGAUUUGGGCUUUCUAUAGGAUGAUUUUGGUUUUUUGUAUG